UCAAGCAACAGUGUUUUGGAAUUUGUUGUACUGUAGCACCAGGACGGUAACGCAUUUAUUCAUCUGAACUUCUCGGUACGUCAGUUCGAUUCUCAUAUUUACAAGCCUUGCUUGAAUCUGAGCAACGCCGGACCACACCAGUAUGGAUUCUUGGGUUCGCUUUUGUGCACAAAGCCAAGCCAAAGACAAAGUUUUUAGGGCUGCUCAGUAUGCUUGCACUCUGCUUGGCUACACUCUUCAGAAAGGUGGGGCAGGUCCUGACAUCAUACAAACUAUCAGUCGGCUGGAAGCCCACUUGAGCCUUACAAGAAAGUUGAUGCGUUUGGGGAACUCGGCAGAGGCCCUAGAGGCUGCAAAGCGGGCAAUCCACCUCUCAGACAGCAUACUGCGCUUGUGCUUGACUGUGGCCCAUCUCAACCGGGCUAUGUACUUUGCUUGCGAAAAUGUUCUUUGGGCUGGCAAACUCGGCCUUUUGCCUAAACUGGACCAAUAUAAAUGGAGCCAGAGGUCCUUCAGGUACUACCUGUUUGCUCUCAUCCUGAACCUGACUCGGGAUGUAUAUGAGAUACGCCUCCUCAUGGAGUGUGAAGGUCACUCCCAUACCUCCAAGUCUCUCCGGGCACCCUCCCCAUCUUUAACUGUGAAUGAUGAUGAUCUGUCCUUCCAGUCGCCGAGACAUUCUUCCCCCGUCAACCUGUCCAACGCUGUGCUGCCCCUCCUGUCAGGUCAACUGUGCAGACAGCUCCGCCUGCUGGUGACAGUCCUGCACAGCAAUCCACCAUUGUUUCUUGAUCUGCUGAGGAACAGUUUUGAUGUCUUCAUCCCACUUGACAGGCUUGGUAUCUACCCUACAGGGUCGGGCUUCAUCGGGCUCUGUGGCCUCGCUUCGUCUGUUCUCUCCAUCCUCACCAUCGUCCACCCCUGGCUCAAGCUCAAGCCCUGAGGACAGUUCCUGCUGUUCAUUCUAGGAUGUGUGAUUUACGUCCAUCCUAAAGACUUAAUUAGCUAUUAUUACAUUUCCUCUGAAGCACUUAACAACAGCUAGCUCGUUCAGGUUAGGCCAGUUGUAUAUUUUAUUUUUAUUGUGUGACAGAAACAGGUCUGUGCAAGGCCACACAUGGCUAUAUAAGUGUGUUGUAUGUGUGUAUAUAUAUAUGGCGUUUUUUUGUUUUUUUCGGAAACCGUCAAUGGUGUUGAUAAAAGUGCUCAACUAAUGAGGAGCGGAAUAUCAAUACCGAUGUAGGGAAAAAACUAGAUCGUGCACUCAUCAGCGGCUAAUGUAGCAGCUGAUGAGUGCACGAUGCACCAAACAAGCUUUUACUGCUAUGUAUUAAACGUUUUUUUUCUACAUAUAUAAACAUAGAUAUAGAUAUAUACAAGUAGGCCAUACAAAACCUGGUGUUUGAUGUCAGCCUGGUUGAAAGCACCGACUUUAAGUGGUUUAUCCAUAGACAGUAAUGUGACUGAUGCGUUUCAUCGGUCGUGGUGAUUUUACCUGUUCACAUGCACAUUUGUGUGUCUAGGUUUAAGUAAUGUUUGCCAGGGUUCACCGGGUAUACACAUUCACAGCAGAGAUUAACUGUUUCAUCUUCCAGUUCCAAGAAUACAAGAUUUUCUUCCAUGACAUCAUGCAUUCACUCUAGUUGUGUUGUAAAGAAUAAAGCAUAAAGACAUUUUAUCACUCAAACUGUUGUUGAAAA